AGUUCCAUAGUUUCCUCGAUAGUAGCUGUGAUUCCCAUUUCUGCUUUCUCAGGCGCUGAUUUUCUCUGGCUGAUCUCGUUUCCCAAAGAAUAAAAAAGGGGUUGUUUAUCUCCUCUUCAAUAUUAGGAAAGGAAAGCUCUUUAUUGCUUGUUGGAUUUUUGAGUGCUUAAAGAAAUGACUUUUGAUGAUACGGCUAGCUUAAACCUGGAGGAUAAAAAAAGGGCAUUUAAAAUGGUUUUAGCUGGCUUUUUGAAGGAUAAUUAAGGAGCUGCCAGCGUUGGAGUUAUGAUUUGUUUCUUUUUGAGAAUUGGGAUUCUUCUGUGUUCUUGUUUGUAAAGCAUUUAUGAAUUACUACAAGUUUUCUGAUUUAUAAAUUUGUAACCGCCUUAGAACCAUAAAAAAUUAAAGCUGUAACAGCCACCCAAAAACUGUGGUUUCUUGCUCUUAAAGCUAAAACGAGAUAAAUACUCUCUCUCUCUCUCUCUCUCUCUCUCCCUGAGAGCAGUUAAAGAACCUGAAUCUGAUUUGGGGGUAGGCUCACAUUUGUCAAGAAGCUGUCUUUUUCUUUCUCUACUUCAUUAUAAGUCACUGCGAAUUGGCCUCCCUGGAAUAAGGUAACAUAGUCAAAUAUUUGAGGCUUAUAUUCUAAUAUCGCUUGCUUGGUUUUGGGCGGUGGGUUUGGUUUAAUUUUGUGUUUGUUUUUUUUAUCUAUGGAGAAGUGAAGCAAUGUCAGGACAGAAACAGGCAGAGGAAGCAAUUGUUCCAUGCUUUAAUGAGACAAAUGAACAUGACGAGAAAGAGGAAGAGAAGGGAGAUCAUUCCAUUUUCAGUGUUAAGAGCCUUCUUUGGCAUGGCGGUUCUGUUUAUGAUGCCUGGUUUAGCUGUGCUUCAAAUCAGGUGGCUCAAGUUCUGUUAACACUGCCAUAUUCUUUCUCUCAAAUGGGAAUGCUUUCAGGGAUUAUUCUUCAGGUUUUCUAUGGUGUUCUUGGAAGCUGGACUGCUUAUCUCAUCAGUUUUCUGUAUAUUGAGUACCGAAGCAGAAAGGAGAAAGACAAUGUCAGCUUCAAGAACCAUGUCAUACAGUGGUUUGAAGUGUUAGAUGGUCUACUGGGUCCUUACUGGAAAGCUGUCGGAUUGGCUUUUAACUGCACUUUUUUGCUCUUCGGAUCUGUCAUUCAGCUUAUAGCCUGUGCAAGCAACAUAUAUUACAUAAAUGACAAGUUAGACAAGAGGACAUGGACUUAUAUCUUUGGAGCUUGCUGUGCUACCACAGUGUUCAUCCCCUCAUUUCACAACUAUAGAAUCUGGUCUUUUCUGGGGCUUGGCAUGACCACCUACACUGCAUGGUAUUUGACCAUUGCAUCCCUUGUCCAUGGCCAGGUGGAAGGUGUAACUCACCAAGGUCCAACUAAGCUGGUUUUGUACUUCACUGGCGCCACCAAUAUCCUGUAUACUUUCGGCGGUCAUGCUGUCACUGUUGAAAUUAUGCAUGCGAUGUGGAAGCCUCAGAAAUUCAAGUACAUAUAUCUAUUGGCCACCCUCUAUGUAUUCACCCUAACCAUCCCAUCGGCUACUGCCGUCUACUGGGCUUUCGGUGAUCAACUUCUUCAUCAUUCCAACGCCUUUUCACUCCUUCCACGUUCUGCAUGGCGUGAUGCGGCAGUUGUCCUAAUGUUAAUUCACCAGUUUAUAACAUUCGGGUUUGCAUGUACGCCAUUGUACUUUGUGUGGGAGAAAGUGGUGGGGAUGCAUGACACAAAGAGCAUAUGUUUGAGGGCAGUAUGCCGGUUACCUGUGGUGAUACCUAUAUGGUUCUUGGCUAUCAUAUUUCCUUUCUUUGGUCCCAUUAACUCGGCUGUAGGAUCUCUUCUGGUCAGCUUCACUGUCUACGUCAUCCCUGCCUUGGCUCAUAUGCUCACUUAUAGAUCAGCCUCUGCCCGACAGAAUGCAGCUGAGAAGCCUCCUUUCUUUCUCCCAAGCUGGACAGCAGUGUAUGCAGUGAACGCAUUUGUUGUGAUUUGGGUCUUUGUAGUUGGCUUUGGAUUGGGAGGUUGGGCUAGCAUGACAAAUUUCAUUAAGCAAGUCGAUACAUUUGGGCUCUUUGCCAAGUGCUACCAGUGCCCACCCUCACCCUCAUCAAAACAUCACUGAACUAAAACUCUGAUUCAAACCUAAAACCUUUAUUUUGUUACAUUUCAACCACAGUGCGUUAUAGCAUCAUUUUUCUCUUGUAUCAUACUCCGGGAGGCAUAGGCAUCUCCCUAUAUUCGGUUUGUUGUAGUUUCCUUUCUCUUGUUCAACCUUGAACUACAAGUAAUUAGUAAUUGUGAAUUGGUUGUAUUCCCUCUGAAUCUAUCUUUUGUCAAUGGAAGCUAAGGUAAUCUCUUUUAGGCUUGUGUUUCUUCACAUUGCUUGUUCAUUGGCUAGUUUCUUCUCUCUUGAACCCU